AAGGGAUCUAGGCGUUUAGGUGGUAGACUGGCAAAUUCAACUUCAUGGCGCUUGGGUGUUUACGAUGUGAGUGGUGAGGCUUUUUGCGCUACGCGCAUGUGGGUUGCCUUCCGGGCCGUCUUGGCUGUUUGCAUUGCAGGUGCGGUGCGGCCAGCCAACGAGGAGGCGGCGCGAGGCGCAGCAGAAGGCCUCCUCAUAGCUCACGCACCUGACCCGUCGAAGUCAGAACCCGAAGGGUUCUGGCCGCAGAGAAAGCAGGAAGUGAAGACCGUGGCCAGGUUCUGGGCCUUGCUGGGCAUCUUGGGGCUCACAGGCUAUGGCGCCUCCUUCUUGAAGAACGAGCGGUCGCCCGACUUGAGCCGGUACUUGAAGCUGGCCGCCUUGAAGCUCCAGAAGGAGAAGAUACUCUGGCAGCUGAUUUGCGCGGCAUCCUUGUUCGGACUGGCCGACUUGCUGGCACAGCGCGUGCCCUCGUACCAUGAGAAGUCCAACCUGAACGACGGCUACAAGCUGGGCGGUUGGGACUGGCGCUACACCGCCACCGUGGUGAUUUGCGCCUGCCUCUUCCAGGUUGCGGCUUUGGGCUACUUUUACGACUAUUGUGACGCGCGCUUCGGCCAGGCUGGCACUUGGCAAGCUGUUGCGGUGAAGAUGCUGAAGAUGCAGGUCGCCUUUGUCUUGGGCUAUUUGCCCCUGGCCGUCUUCUUCUUCGCCUUGUUGGUGUGCUUCAUCUUCCGCAGCUUCGCGGAUUCCACGGACAACUGCGGGCCCUCCGCCCUGGUGGGCUCGCCCUGGAACCUGGGGAGCAGCUUCGGCGCCGCGGCGGUGCUUUGGCCAGGCGACUAUUUGCACUCGAUGAUCUUUUGGCCCCCUAGCCACCUGGUGAACUACGUCCUCAUCCAGCGCUGGUCCCCCAACUUCCGGCCGAUCUUCGACGGCGUGGUGGUCUUGGCAUGGAACACUUACGUCUUGGCCGGCGGCGCGGUGCGAGAGGCUGUGGGACCCACGCUCUUCGGCGCAGCGCCGGGGCCAAGCGAGAAGGUGCAGGCCUCCGUGGACUGUGCGAAGCACUCUUUCGGCGCCAUCCUGCGCUGGAUGGGUGAGAAGCUGCGCCGGGUCGCAGUGAAAGAAGGCUGUGUUCGCGCCUGGCAUGGCUUCUGUUGGGCCACGGAAGCUGGCUGGAAAUGGUUCAAGCACGGAUGCAACUUGUUCCGGCAGCAUUUGUUUGCCUCGGUGAAGUUCCUGGUGCAGACGCUGCUGUGGCUUCUGGCCACGGUGUUUUACAGCUUCGCCUACAUUUUCCUCCUGGCGCUGACCGGGGUACGCGUGACUCUCUACUGGGCCCUUGCGAUCAUCAAGGGCUCCGUCAUGAUUUUCUUCACCAUCGCGGACUUUGUCAAGAAGUGCAUGGUGGUCUUCUACUUCCUGCCGGAUGUGUCCAGCCUGGGCAGCGGAUGUUUCUACUGCGUGCUGUGGCCGAAAGAUGGCCAGUGGCCGAAGCAGGUGUUGGGGCCACGGCCGGCUUUCAGCCAGUGGGUCUCACCUUUCUGCCCACAUUGCCAGUGACGGGCCCGGGCCGCUGAUCGAAGGUGAUGGGUGGCCU